AUGAAGAAACCUUUGAUGCGAAUACCCUACACUGGGCCCUUACCUCCUCCGACAAUCAUCCCUGGAUUUGCCAAUACUCCGACAGGUGCUAGACAUGCCUUGACCAGAUUUCUUUCUCCUCAGGUUUUGCCGAAUACUCAUCUUUCUUCCCUCGCCAAAGUUUCUACAAAGACGGUGCUGCUUACAGGAGCUGGAAUAUCCGUCGCCUCCGGCUUAGCUGACUACCGUGGCACGGGAGGCACAUACACUUUGAAUAGAACAUAUAGACCCAUCUACUACAAUGAAUUCACCAGCAACCACGAAGCUCGGAAACGUUAUUGGGCAAGAAGUUUUCUGGGAUGGACCAAUCUGCACAAAGCGAGGCCUAACGUCGCACAUAAUGCAGUGAAAGAUCUGGGCAAGCUGGGACUGGUUAGCAGCGUGAUUACGCAAAAUGUAGAUUCUUUCCAUUCCAUGGCACACCCUGACUUGCCGACUAUAGAGCUCCACGGUUAUCUACGUUCCUUGGUCUGCAUUCAUUGUCACAAUCAGCUUCCCAGGAGCGAUUUUCAGAAUUCGCUAUCCUCGUUGAAUCCGCAGUGGGCAACAUUUCUGGAAGAGAUGUUGGCAACUGGAGCGUUGAACUCGGAGAACCCUGCGGAGCGAAAGGCAAGAGGGCUUAAGAGUAACCCUGACGGAGACGUGGAUGUACCGAAUGCCCCAUACACAACCUUCAGGUACCCUGCCUGCCCUACAUGUCUCGCAAGUCCCCCAGCCUUGGCGGACGGUACAAGAGCUUCGGUCGAGGUCGAUGAUGACGGCGCUUGGUCGCCUACCUCAAACGCUGGCGUUCUGAAGCCUGCCGUCGUUAUGUUUGGGGAGUCCAUUGCCUCAGAUAUCAGAACCGCAGCCGAGAGAGCCAUAGACAAAGCCAGCCGGCUUCUAGUCGUCGGAAGCAGUCUGGCCACCUAUUCAGCAUGGAGACUGGUGAAAAGGGCGAAGGAACGACAUUUGCCAAUAGGCAUCCUGAAUCUAGGAGGGGUCAGAGGAGAAGAAAGCUUUUACGCAGGUCUGGAAACAGCCAACGAGGGCGAAUUGGGAGUUCGAUGCAACGAAAGCGCAGAUCAAUUACUGCCUGAAGUCGUUGAUAAUCUACGCCACUACUAA